CAACUACUACGAGUGGCAGAACUCGUAAAUAAGAUGCACAUCUGAGGUCAUUUUGGCGUUAACCUUUGCAUAUAAGCCGAGAUAGGAGGCGCUCUUCAUCCUGUGUUUUGCCAACUCAUCUCACAAAACUCAAGUAACCAAAUUCAAAUCAACCAUGGGAAGCUCCACGACCUUCCUCUGUACCUUCUUCCUCGCCUGUGCGAUCCUCACCGUCCACGUCGCACAAUCCUCGCCGUCCACUAUGGACUUCACCGGCGACCUCGGCACCUUCUUCCUCCCUCUCAAGUCCGGUUGUCGCGGAUCCGUCGCGGAGUGCGGCCUCCUCGUCGGCGAAGACGACGACGCCGAGUUUCUGAUGGACUCCGAGACCAGCCGGCGCAUUCUCGCGGGAAGGACCUACAUAAGCUACGGUGCGCUGAGGAGGAACACCGUCCCUUGCUCGCGACGCGGCGCUUCCUAUUACAAUUGCCGGCCCGGCGCUCAGGCCAACCCCUACAGUCGCGGAUGCAGUGCCAUCACCCGAUGCAGGCGUUGAGAAAA